AUGCUCCCGACAAGCCGACAAGCACUUUGCCCCUUCCAGUGGGCUUCCUUCCGGGUCUUCGAAACCAGGCUGUCCGCCAGGAACAUUGUGCUAGCUCUUGCUGAGGGUCAGGCGCAGCACUUGCUUGACCUCCUGGGCCUGGGCCGAGCUCACGUCUCCGACGUCAUGGAGCCCGUUGGUCAGGCUCCAGCAUUGCGACCCGGCUUCACCGUCCGCGAGCUGCUACAGGAGCUGCUGGCGUCGCCCAGCCGCGCUGCUCUGGUCAUGGAUGGCAGCCGGAUUCGUGGCCUGGCGACGGUUGCAGAUGCCCUGUGGGCCUUCGAUCAGCAGCUGUCGCACACACUCGAUGUUUGGGAUCGCUUGGCCUCUAGACCUGGCCGACCGGCGCUCCACGGCCAAGCCAUCCCAUCGGAUGCAGAUUUGUCUCAUGCACUGAAUGCACUGGCGGCACCGGAGAGCAAUGUGCGCCAUCUUGUAGCAAUGGAGCCCGGGACAAGCAAUGUUGUCGGGGUCGUCUCACCGGAACACGUGGUUUCCCGCAACUCGGGACCGGUUGCAGUACCCAGCUGCGCACCUCAAAUCAAGGUCGAGCGGAGGCACAAAAGCCGAGAAGCAGAGAGGGUUGUCAAGAAGGAGGAGACGGAUGAGCAUCCGGCAGCAAGCUCCAUCAAAACAGAGGUCAAAGUCGAACUGGAAGAGGUGAAAUGUGAAGAGCCUGCUCCCAAAAAACGGGCUGUGAUGAGGAAAAACAGAAUGGAAAGAGAAUUGGAGAGCGAUGCCAGGACACAGGCAGUCACUCUGGGCGACAUCGUGGCCAGAAGAGAAACAGCAACGGUCACUGUGAGCUACACACUGUCAGACGCAGUGGAUGCACUUGUGUCGACGGAGCGGACGGCAGCAGUUGUGUUGGACGAUGGCAGAGUACAAGGUGUCCUCACUGAGAAUGACGUUCUUGCUGCUUUGGUGGAGGGCACCCCAUGGAAGUGCCAAAUUGGAGAGUGGCUGAUGGGCAGCUAUGCCCGUCUCCCUGGCUUCAUGGUUCCUGCUCUGACACUUCCAGCCACUGCAAGCAUAGCAGAUGCUGCAGCUGAGAUGACCAGCCUUGCUGAAGACGGCAUUGGCUUCACGUGCCAUCAUAUGUUGGUCCAUGCCAAGGAAGAGGGAGAGUCCCUUCGCAUACUCUCCGCAUUGGACAUUGCCCGGGGCAUCAUUGACACCAUCGCCACGCGGGCCAUCGUCGGUGAGGGCAGUCCGUCUGCAGACUCCGUGAUUGCCGCCUCCGAAAUUACCGUUGAGCAAGCUAUGAAGGACCGGACUGGAGUGUCAACCUGCAAGCUCCGGGACUCCUUGCAGAAGGCAUUCGAGACAAUGCAUGAUGCGCGGCAAAAUUGCACACUGAUCGUCUCGGGUGGACCGAGCUCAGUGGACGAGGCACUGGAUGGUGAUCUGCCAGUGUGCAAAGUUGAAGAGCAAGAAGAGCUCACUGAAGAGGACGAGCAGUGGCAACAGGAGCACGGAGCCGUCCUUGGUGUCAUCACUUCUGCCGAUGCUUUGCGUGCCUUCUCUGAGCACCUCAGAGGCAACACCACGACAGUCGCCGGAUGGCUGCGAGGGCUUAACACGCAGGAGCACAAGACAGCUGCUCAGAGAUCAAUUGGCUGCAGCACCACGCUGGCGGAGGCGGCACUCGUCAUGUCAGAGUGCGACCUGCACCACUUGCUCGUCAUCGAUGAUGAUGGCGAUGUUAUCGGGGUGCUCUCUGCACUGGACAUUGUGUGUGCCUUGGGCGCAUCGUACAGGUAUGACCUGACAUCACCUCGCUUUGUAUAG